AUGUGCCUUUGAGACCUCGGUACUGUGAUAACCAAGCGGAUGUGUCAGACCAUCUGACCCAUUACAAUAUUCUUAUCAUUACUUUUACACCAACAACGAUCCCAACAAGAGACAACAUCAGCAUGAUUCUUUUAUGGAUUACACUGCUUCUUCUCCAUCAAGGAUAUGCACUGAUCUCAGUGACAACAGCUCAACUUGGUGAACCUGUGACCUUAUCAUGUUUUUUCCCUGAAUCAGAGUAUAGCAAUACACGUAUCAAGUGGUACAAACAAACUAUUGGUGACACACUUUUAUUAAUUACUACACUGAUGAAAGCUACUGCAUAUCCUACAUUUGAAGAAGGGUUCCCUUCCUCUCGAUUUAAUGUAAACCAUACCACGACCUCAAGUAUUCUGACCAUUCUGAGGACGGUCCAAGAAGAUGAGGCAAUGUAUCACUGUGCAGUCACUACCUGGAGUAAGGAUCAGUGGAGUGGAGUAUAUUUGUCCUUUAAAGGAAGCUUUCAGAAGAUGUUGAACUAUACUGUUGUUCAGUGGCCGACAGUAUCUGAUCCAGUCCAUCCAGGAGACUCGAUGACUUUCCAGUGUUCAGUCCUCUCUGACUCUGAGAAGUCGUCCUGCUCAGCUGUUCACAGUGUGCACUGGUUUGGAGUCCGAUCAGAUAAAUCUCUCCCACACAUAAUUUAUGCUGAUGGAAAUAGACCUUAUGAAUGUGACAAAAGACCUGAUGCACGUUCUCCUCCAAAGAGCUGUGUUUAUCGCUUCUCUAAGACUGUCAGCUCCUCUGAUGCAGGGACUUAUUACUGUGCUGUGGACAUGUGUGGAGAGAUAUUAUUUGGAAAUGGAUCAAAACUGGACAUUGAAGGAACCAACUUGUGGUCCUUUGGUGGUUUACUAAGGGACAGUAUGAUGCUGUAUCUCCUGUGUGCUCUCUUCACCAUAAGUGUGAUUGUUACAUCCCUCCUCAUUUACACCAUCAAGAAAAACCAGUGUGAUUAUUGCAAUGCUGCUGUUUCCCUGCAAGAAAAUGUUGCAAAAAAGAUUUUCAUGAGAGAUGAGAAGGACACAUGGAUUUACUCAGCUGUUGUCUUUACCAUGAUGAAAACUGGGAAUGGUAGAACAAUGGAUGCAAAAGCAGUGGACAGAGAGAAGAUCUACGCUGCUGUCAAGGCUUAUGGGCUGGAUUAGUGAAUUAACUGGACUGUUUGAGAUCAGUUAGUAUGUGAUAGUUGAUGUUAUUCUGUUUGAAGCUAAAUGCUGUUGUUUCAUGUGGCUGUAAUUUAAUGUUGUACACAUAAUAUACAGUAUAUCUUGAUUUGUGUUCUAAUGCUUAAAAGGAUUUAGAUAAAUCAAUGUGUUUUGUUCUGUUUAUUUUUGACUUACAGUGAUAAGCACAGCUUUGAGUGGAGAUCUCCCCUUCACCCAUCUAUACUGCUGUCACAUUAAUAUGUUGCUGUAUAUGUCAGCUGGGUUACAGUUAGUCAUUAGUAUUUAAGACCCAUCUAGAGCUCUACUGUUUUCACUGUCAACAGUAAAAGACAGUGUUAAGGUGCUGGUUAGAGAAAGAACAAAAAAAGUCAUAGGCCAUGCAGUGACACAGUCUAUUUGGAGACCACAAGGCAGGAAGCCCGUCUUUUCACUGAGUGUGGGUAUACCACAGGUUUAUGUCAUUUGAUUCUUGCAUUUAUUAAACUAUGUCAUUAAUAAAAUAGACCUGACCUAUUCCUGUGCCAAACUCA